CACUGGUUUUGGUAUAACGUUCAUUCGUUUACUAGUACAGUUUAGCUUGUCAAAGUUAAAAAGAUAAUCGAAUUUUGAAUUUUGGCCUGAUAAGUGAGAUUUUUUUCUAUUUCUGAACGUAUUUUGAGGGAUAGUAGAGCGUAGUGUUACCAUUAGGUAACUGAUACUUUAGUUCUUUAGGACUCGAAUUGAGCUAAGAAAUUUCCCGAUCGAAGAAAAUCCAAGAUGGCCUUCAAUCAGAAAAAUCCACCAUGGCAGCGAAACACCGGUCAAAAUAUUGCUGGAAUGCAAGCGCUUGUCAGUUUUUCACAAACUCAACCAGUUUUCAAUCAAAAUCUAGGACUUCAGCAGUCACAAAACCUAUCCCUGCUUCCUCAAAUGGGUUUGCAGCAACAGCAAAUUUAUUCGCAACCAGUUCAAUAUCCUACAUCUCGUACAAUCAACGCAAUUGCGUUCCAAAAUCAGCAACAGCCACCUUCCUCACAACCUGGUCAGAAUACAUCAAAAUUUAGUCCUAAUCAACGUGUUUUUAGUGGAACCGGUCAUGUCACUAAAGUUCAGAAUGACUUUGGAUUUAUCGACGAGGAGGUAUUUUUCCAUAAAAAUGUUUGCAAGGGAACAUUUCCAAAAUCAGGUGACCGGGUCUUAGUUGAGGCAGCAUACAAUCAAAAUAUGCCUUUCAAAUGGAAUGCAACACGUGUUCAAGUACUGCAAUCCGCAUCAUCUAAUACUGCAAACAGUAGCAGUAAUUCGUCGAGGCAUGUUUCAAGUUAUGGGUCUGGACAAAACACAAAUAACGAUCGUUCAGGACGAAGCCGAUACUCACCAUGUCGAAAAUCACCAGAUCGACAUGGACACCGCUCGAAUCAUGAUUCUCGUCAACGAGAUACUGAUGAUGACGAUCGACGUCGACGCCGAGACGAUAGAGAUAAUGACCGUUAUCGUGAGAAGCAACGUGAUCGUACACCCGAACGGGAACGCAAAGAACGUGAUAGAAGCCCUGUUCGUAAAAUGACGCCGAAACGUAGGAAGAUUCGUCUAACUCCGCGAUAUAUGGUGCAAAUGCCCAAACAGCUAUUAACUCUAAAAGAGGCAGAUAUACUGGAGCUACGUCGUCGCUACCACGCCCUCUAUAUUCCAUCAGAUUUUUUCUUGUCGCAAAUUCGUUGGAUUGAUGCAUUCCCUCCAAACGAACCAUUCACUAUACGAAAACCGUGUGCGUUUCACGUAAUGCACAAAGACGUCGAACCAUUAUAUCCGAAUGACACGAACUUAGAGCCAGUUGAUGCCGAUUAUUUGUACAGUGCUAAAGUGAUGUUGAUGAGCACACCACCUAUGUCUGAAUUUUAUCAAAAAUGUUUUGCAACAGGCGAGGAGCGUUCUGAAGAUGAGCGUGAUUUUGUUCACCCCACGAGACUAAUCAAUUUCCUAGUGGGUAUUCGCGGGAAAAACGAAACAAUGGCCAUCGGAGGACCGUGGUCCCCGUCGUUGGAUGGAGAAAAUCCUAACUCAGACCCGAACACACUCAUCAAGACAGCAAUUCGUACAUGUAAAGGUUUAACAGGGAUUGACCUUUCUAGUUGCUCUCGCUGGUACCGUUUCGUGGAGCUCUAUUAUCGUCGUUCUGAAACCUACCACAAGGGUCGUUUGAUUCCAGCACGUAUUGAAACUGUGAUUAUUUUUCUACCCGAUGUACGCUCCUGUCUACCAACACUUUCGGAAUGGAAUGAGCUGCACCUUAGUUACAAAUCACAUUUGGAGCGUAUUAUUAAUAGUCAGUGUUCCGAUAACGCAGAUCCAGGAGAUAUUGCAGCACUUCAAAAAAAAUCAUCAGAAGCCGAGGAACAUUCUUCACUUGCCGACGAGAUGCCAUCAUCGAUAGCUGCUUCUAAUUUACCUUCCGACAGUACAGUUGCUACCGCUUCCAGUAUCCAGAAAUCUAGAAGUACCAGCCCAAGAAACGACAAGGAGAAAGAUACAACAGUUGCAGAUAAUGAAAAGGAAGAGUCUGAUGGAGCUAAUUUUUGUGCUGGACAAUCAACUGAUGCCAUUACCCUGGAUGUUAAGAAAAUGAAAGUAGCUGAUCUAAAAGCCGAGCUCGAAGCUAGAAAUCUUUCCACUGAAGGAAUCAAAAACACAUUAGUUGCUAGGCUGACCAAAGCGUUAAACAAUGAGCAAGAGAUCGGCGAAAAUGUUUGUUCAGAUAUAGAAAAACCGUCGAGUCAUGAUGCUAAUGUGACAAAUAAAUUGAGCUGCACCGCAGAAUUCGAUAAGAUAACAGAAAAAAAUGAAGAAGAAGAAUUCGAAACGAUGGAAAAUGUUGAUAUGUCCGAAGUAACUGUAAUUGAUGAAUAUGAUUCUACUAAAUCGGAUGAAAAAUCGAACGAUGAAGGGACUAUUAAAAAAAAUGACCCGGCUUCAUUAAGCGAAAAAGAACGCCAAUUGUUAGAGAAGAGAUACUCUAUUCCAAAACAACCACAUCUCAUUGUACAUCCUUCUCGUACGGCAAAAUCUGGCAAAUUUGAUUGUGCAGUAAUGUCAUUAUCGGUAUUAUUGGACUACCGCUCAGAAGAUUCCAAAGAACAUUCGUUUGAGGUAUCUUUAUUUGCCGAGUUGUUUAAUGAAAUGCUGACACGUGAUUUUGGAUUUAAUAUAUACAAAGCACUUUACAUGAUUCCAGCUAAGAAAGAGGAAGAUUCAAAAAAAGAGAUCGUUAUAGAAGACAACAUAGAUAAAAAACUAAACGGUGACGACGUUGAAGAUCAAGAACAAGAAACCGUGGAAAAUGCAAAAUGUAAAGAUGAAAAAGACGAAAAGGAAAAGGAACGCUUAAGAGAUCGCGAUUUACGCAAGCGUUCUCGGUUUGACGAUACAUCUGAUGAAGAUCGUCGCCGAAAAGAGAAAGACAAAACUUACUACACAGUUGAUCGCGAACUGCUUUUAUCGUUCAUUUAUUUCGAUGUGAGUCAUUGUGGCUACAUAUUCGAGAAAGACAUAGAAGAUUUGUUCUUCACUCUUGGAUUAAAUCUUUCUCGAUCCCAAGUCCGUAGAAUGGUGACUAAGGCACUUAACAGAGACAUGCUUCACUAUCGGAAACUAACAGACAAAGUCAAAGAAACACAAGCAAUUGAAGAUGUAAAUGAAGAGGUCAAAGAUGGUUGCAGUAAUGACAAGCCGUCUGAUGAACUUGUAACUACUUUACAGGAUGAAUUGCCUGAAGAGGAGUUGAAAAAUCUUGCUAUUGGAAAUAAUAAUUAUUUGAAACAAAUCGAAGAUAACCUUACGACGGUUUUGAAAAUUGACCGAAUGGAUGAGCCGCCUUCUAAAAAACUUAAGGCCGAACUUGUACAACAUGAGAACAGUACCCCUAUGACUAGCUGUGGUUUAGUUGUACACAAUGGUGCAUUGUUAGACGUUCCAAAACUAUUAGAACAAAUAAGACGCUCCGAUAAAGCUCGCGAGGAUACGGAAGUUUUACUUGCAGAUUUUCGACGUCUUAACGCGGAUUUACAAAAAAGUAAUACUAGAUCCAAUGACAAAAUUAAAGAUCAAUCAUCGGAUAUCAAAAACUUAACAAGGAAAUUAAUCGACGCCGAACAACAUCUUCGUGACAUUACGAAAAAAUCAAAUGAAUACUUCUCAACCCUAUCGAAUGUGUAUGAUCGUGUAAGCAUGGUUAUGCAUCGCUCGGAAAGUAAACGCUCUUCAUCUAUUACUUCGUUAAAACGAGGAAGUUCAAAAGAUCGUUCAAAUCGCAAAGACAGAAAAUCCAAGGAAAAGGAAUUGGUUGAAAAAUCAAAAGUGGAUGAAAAGACACAACAGGACACAUCGGAAGCAAAUACAGUUGCAGCUACAAGUGAUUCGAAGGAUAGCUUAAAUAGCAAGCAAUCUGACACUAUCAAUUCACACGAUAAGCAAGAAACAUCUGCCACUGAAAUCACAAUUGAAGAUGAAUAAACAUAUGUAACAAGAAAAUAAUUCAUUUAAAGUCAUAAAAUGCAUUAUCCCACAGUAUCCUACUGAAUAUGUCAAUAAUUUUACAUUUAAACGUUUUGAAUAAAACGACUAUGUUUUCGAAUUUGCAAUAAACCACAGUUUGCUUCCGGAA